AUGGCUUCCCCCUGUGCUGGGGACUCCAGCCCGCCUGGUCUGCCCCCUCCUCCUGCAGCCACCCCAGGUGAGGCUCUAGGUGCCGCUGCCCCCCAGGAGCCCCCAUUCCCGGACAUCUACGGCGGGGACGCACAGCUCUGGGAGGCACACUUCCGGGGCAUCGGGCGCGCCUACCGCGCGCUGGGCAAGGAGGACGACUUUGCCAUCCGCGUGCUCACGGAGGACUUCACUCUACCCUUCCCGUUCGCCUGGCCGCCCGGCCCCGACCCAGCCCACGGGCCGCUCUUCUAUGACCCGCACGACCGCACGGGCUUCGACUUCCUGCUGCGCGGCCCGGACGCGCCGCCCCCCGCGCUGCUGCGGCCCCUGCACAACACGGCGCAGGCGGCCCUGCGCAAGCGGCGCCUGGAGAGGCUGGCGCUGAGCUACGCGAGCGCGGGCGCCCCGGGCCCGGCCUGGUCCUGCUGGCGCCCGGCCCCGCGGGCCCCGAGCCCGUCGGGCCCCCCGCCGGCGCCCCCCGGCUGGCCUAGCCCCUGGCCGAUGGGACCGCUAAUAAAGAGCUCCUCUGCUUCGCCCGCCCGAGGCUCUGUGCGCCACACGCCUGAGCAGGCACCUGGGGGACAAGCCCUGGGCAGAGUCCUGUCCCUGCUGGGGGCUGGUGGCCAGGCAGAGCCACGCAGGACCCAGCGCUUCCUCCUCUGUGGCUCCCGGGGGGCGCUCGCCCAGGCCCGGGCUUCCUCUGCUUGGGGGCUGGAUUCCAGGUGUGCAGUCAACGGGCUCGUGCCUGUUGGAGUCCUGGUUCCUUCUCUCCAAGGCACCAUCACUGCGUCUUUGGAAGGAAAGUCCAAGGUUCUCAGGCAGGUGGGUGGCCUGCUGUCGGCCUCGGCCUCCCAGUUCCUGAACCAUGAUUACAUGUAA